UAAAAACUCUCUCUCUCACACACACACGCGCGCGCGCACACACACACAUACACACACGCUGUUAGAGGGAGUAUAAGAUAAGAGAAAAAAUAUAUUAUUUAUGGACAAACUCGAAGGCUUUCGGUUGGGUUUCUCUUUAAUAACGCUACCGAAACCCCGCCCUCUGUAUGGCUCUUGCGCAUGCGCGGUGACUUCACACUGUUGACUGCUCAGUCCUCAGUUUGGACAGAGAGAGAGAGAGAGAGCGGGUUCUUCUCGCAGGAUCUUCAUCUGAGCUUCAGACAUGAGUAAACAAGAUCAAAUCCAGGAGGACUUCCUUCUCCCUGAUCUGAAUAAAGCUGGACCGAAGAUAUACCUCCAGAAGAUCAGAGAUGUUGUUGAUAAACACAAAGGGUCACAGAUUAAACUACAGAAGGUGGGAAUCUUCAGUUUCAAGGUGGGAUUUUUGGCACAAACGUCAUACAGAGAUACUCCUGAGAUGUUAGAGGAGUGGGAGGAGUUCUACCUCCCAGACCAAGUGUCCAUGGAGGUGAUUGGUGUUCUUGAGAAGUUCCGCUGUGAGUCCUCCCGUAAUGAGCUGGUGCUGAUGGUGUGUGAGGAUGAGAAGGUGUACGGUUAUGCAGAUAACAGGCUGCAUCUCGUCGCCAACAGCCUGAAGGAGCUAUUUAAGGACGGCCUCCAGUUUCCAGGAAUCAAACAGUACUAUCGCGGGCAAAGCUUUGAGGACAUGAGUGAUGCUGAAUGGGACAGUGUGAAUAAAUCAGAAGUUGUCAGGGAGUCUGUGAAGGAACACAAGGAAAUGCUGGCAUAUAAGAAGGAUUCUUACCUCACCAACCUGGACAUCAUCAUGGGGAGAAGCUCAGGAGAGCAAAGACCUGCUCAAGGAGGAGGAAAACCAAUCCAUGUUCCUGUGUAAAGUCUACACAAAGUGUUUUUAGCUUUGCUCCCUUCUCUUCUUCCACCUUCUUUAAAGAGUAUGAAGUGUGUUGUGGCUGUUGAGCUCUAAUUCUUCAGUAUUCAAUUCAAUUCAAUUGAAUUGAAUUAAUUUUUCAGUAUGACCCGAGAACCUACUAUCUACUAACAUACUAUUAUGUAUGUGAUGGAGUUGCUUUUCUGCCAGUUCUGACUCCACAGCAGUUGCAACUUUUGAUUUCUAUAAAAGUGUGAUGAAAAGCUUUACAUUUCUCUGAGCUGUGCUGAUUGUGUCUGACAGUGACAUCUGUGUGAAGACUGCAUAAAAGGUACUGAGAAAAGAGAAGCCUUCCCUAAUCACUGGGGGUUGCAAUGAAAACAGAACAAGGAGACACACAACUCAGAAAGAGUUAUCUGUCCUUUGUCUACAUUUUCUGAUAUUGUGAUCUUUUGCAGAUGCUAACUUGAACAAUAGAUGUGUGUCUCUGUUGUUUGUGAGUCUCUCGUUACAGAAGUGUCUUUGUGUCAGUGUCUUAUAAUUAUUUUUGUAAAUAGAAGUUGCAGUUAGAAGACUAUAGAAGACUGUAAAAAGCCACUAAUUCCACAGUUGUUCCAAUAAAAACAAAUGCUUAGUUUAUCUUGUUUUCAUUAUACUGUAUUUUAUGUUUCACAUGCAGUUAAAAACUAAAACUUAAAAGGGAGGUGUGUGUGUUUUGAGUUAAGCAUGGUGGUGAUGGGGUCCGUUAUCACAUCUAUUUGAAGUCCUAAUUGUACAUAAUCAUACUAAUAAUAAAAAUAAUUUCAAAUACAA